AGCAGGCGGCCAGAGGCGGGGAGGCGUCGCGGCCCGGCCCGGACUUCACAGCUGAGCAGCGGGAGCCGCGGCAGCCCGAGCCCAUGAUUCCCAUAUGCCCUGUAGUUUCCUUCACCUAUGUGCCCAGCCGGCUGGGGGAAGAUGCCAAAAUGGCGACCGGCAACUACUUUGGAUUCACCCACAGCGGGGCGGCGGCGGCGGCGGCUGCGGCCCAGUAUAGCCAGCAGCCAGCGUCGGGUGUAGCCUAUUCUCACCCAACCACAGUCGCCAGCUACACCGUCCACCAGGCCCCGGUAGCCGCUCACACAGUCACCGCUGCCUACGCCCCAGCCGCCGCCACGGUUGCGGUGGCCAGGCCGGCUCCGGUAGCGGUCGCGGCUGCCGCCACGGCCGCUGCCUAUGGGGGCUACCCGACGGCACACACGGCGACCGACUACGGGUACACCCAGAGACAGCAGGAAGCGCCGCCACCCCCUCCUCCAGCCACUACACAAAACUACCAGGAUUCUUAUUCAUACGUGCGGUCCACUGCCCCGGCUGUUGCUUACGACAGUAAGCAGUAUUACCAACAACCGACAGCAACAGCGGCUGCCGUAGCUGCUGCUGCCCAGCCUCAGCCUUCAGUUGCCGAAUCCUACUACCAGACAGCUCCAAAAGCAGGCUAUAGCCAAGGUGCGACUCAGUACACUCAAGCCCAGCAAACUCGACAAGUGACAGCCAUAAAACCAGCUACACCAAGUCCAGCUACGACGACUUUCUCCAUUUAUCCUGUAUCUUCGACUGUACAGCCCGUAGCAGCUGCUGCUACUGUAGUGCCAUCCUACACCCAGAGUGCUACUUACAGUACUACAGCAGUUACUUAUUCUGGGACCUCUUAUUCCGGCUAUGAAGCAGCAGUGUAUUCAGCUGCCUCCUCCUACUACCAACAGCAGCAGCAGCAACAGAAGCAAGCAGCAGCCGCAGCCGCCGCUGCCGCCGCAACGGCCGCCUGGACGGGGACCACCUUCACUAAAAAGACACCAUUCCAAAAUAAGCAACUGAAACCAAAACAGCCUCCCAAACCUCCCCAGAUCCACUAUUGUGACGUGUGUAAAAUCAGCUGUGCCGGACCGCAGACAUAUAAAGAACAUUUGGAAGGGCAGAAACACAAGAAGAAAGAGGCUGCCUUGAAAGCGUCUCAGAGUACCAGCAGCAGCAGCAGCAGCAGCACCGCUCGUGGCACUCAGAAUCAGUUGCGAUGUGAGCUCUGUGAUGUGUCCUGUACAGGAGCAGAUGCAUAUGCUGCCCACAUUCGGGGCGCUAAGCAUCAGAAAGUGGUCAAAUUACACACAAAACUCGGUAAACCAAUUCCUUCAACCGAACCAAAUGUUGUUAGCCAGUCAACCUCAACAUCCGCAUCUGCUUCUAAACCCACUGCCUCUACUUCAAGUAUCUCAAGUGGCAACAAUACUGUGAACUCCUCUGUUGCUUCGUCUGCAGUGAAAGUUCUUACUCCGACUGCAAACACACCACUCAACACAGCGGCGAACAAUAAAGCGUCAGCAGGGCCUGCUAAUGUAGCUGCCAAGAAAACGUCUACACCCAAAAUAACUUUUGUCGGUGGUAAUAAACUACAAACAACAGGAAAUAAGUCAGAAGAUUUAAAAGGAGCUGAAAAUACUAAGACUACAUCAUCUACUACUACUGUACAGACCCAGGAAGUAAAACAAGAGACAGCACCAGAAUCGGUUACACCCUCAACGCUUGCGGCUUUGCAGAGUGAUGUACAGCCAGUGGGCCAUGACUACGUAGAGGAGGUUCGAAAUGACGAAGGAAAAGUAAUCCGGUUCCACUGCAAGCUUUGCGAGUGCAGCUUUAAUGACCCCAAUGCCAAGGAGAUGCAUUUAAAAGGACGAAGACACAGACUCCAGUAUAAAAAAAAAGUGAAUCCAGAUUUACAAGUGGAAGUAAAGCCCAGUAUUCGAGCAAGAAAGAUUCAAGAAGAAAAAAUGAGGAAACAGAUGCAAAAGGAGGAGUACUGGAGGAGACGUGAGGAGGAAGAACGCUGGAGAAUGGAGAUGAGACGCUACGAAGAAGACAUGUACUGGAGGAGGAUGGAGGAAGAACAGCACCACUGGGAUGACCGCCGCCGGAUGCCUGAUGGCGGGUACCCUCACGGCCCCCCAGGUCCACUAGGUCUCCUGGGGGUUCGGCCGGGAAUGCCGCCUCAGCCUCAGGGGCCAGCACCCCUUCGUCGCCCUGACUCAUCUGAUGACCGAUACGUCAUGACAAAGCAUGCAGCCAUUUAUCCGACUGAGGAAGAGCUACAGGCAGUUCAGAAAAUUGUUUCUAUCACCGAACGUGCCCUGAAAUUAGUUUCUGACAACAUGUCCGAUCAUGAGAAAAGCAAGAGCAAAGAAGGAGAUGACAAGAAAGAAGGGGGUAAAGACAGAGCCUUGAAAGGAGUCUUGCGAGUAGGAGUUUUGGCAAAAGGAUUGCUUCUUCGAGGAGAUAGAAAUGUCAGUCUUGUUUUACUGUGCUCAGAGAAACCAUCAAAGACAUUACUGAGUCGUAUUUCUGAAAAUCUUCCUAAACAACUUGCUGUAAUAAGUCCUGAGAAAUAUGAUAUAAAAUGUGCUCUGUCGGAAGCUUCGAUAGUUUUGAAUUCCUGUGUGGAGCCCAAGAUGCAAGUUACUAUCACCCUGACGUCACCAAUCAUCCGGGAGGAAAACAUGAGGGAUGGAGAUGUAACCUCGGGUAUGGUGAAAGACCCACCGGACGUCUUGGACAGGCAAAAAUGCCUUGACGCUCUGGCUGCUCUACGCCACGCUAAGUGGUUCCAGGCCAGAGCUAACGGUCUGCAGUCCUGUGUGAUUAUCAUACGUAUUCUUCGUGACCUCUGUCAGCGAGUUCCGACUUGGUCUGAUUUCCCAAGCUGGGCUAUGGAGUUACUGGUAGAGAAAGCAAUCAGCAGUGCUUCUGGGCCCCAGAGUCCCGGGGAUGCACUAAGGAGAGUUUUUGAGUGCAUUUCUUCAGGCAUCAUCCUUAAAGGUGGCCCUGGCCUUCUGGAUCCUUGUGAAAAGGACCCCUUUGAUACACUGGCUACAAUGACUGAUCAACAAAGGGAAGAUAUUACUUCUAGCGCCCAGUUUGCGUUGAGACUCCUUGCAUUCCGUCAGAUACACAAAGUCCUAGGCAUGGAUCCGCUACCCCAAAUGAACCAACGCUUUAACAUCCAUAACAACCGGAAAAGAAGAAGGGACAGUGAUGGAGUUGAUGGAUUUGAAGCCGAGGGGAAAAAGGACAAAAAAGAUUACGAUAACUUUUAAAAAGUUUCUGUAGAAAUGUCAGUGUUAAAUGCAAGAGAUUCCCCGUUGUUAGUUGUUUUUCAUUCAUAGUAAUGUCUACUUUGAAAUGCUUAUGGAAAAAGUUGGAAGGUUAAUUUUGCAGAGGGGGGUCUUCUGUGAAAUUAAAAAAAAACUUUUAACAAACUGUACAGUGUUAGGUAUUUUAUGAAUAGUCAAGACUAAAAAAAAAAAGUGCUCCACUUACAAAAAAAAAAUUAGUUCAAGCUUUUCCCAUUCUUUUAGUCCUACUUCAUUUGUUAAUUGUUGUAACCUCCCCCAUUUCUGUCUUUUAUUAACCCGUGCAUUGUCUCCUUAAAUUUUAACUGUAUUUAAUGCAGCAUUUGUGCUUCAGUUGCUACAUGUAUUUGAUAUUUUUAUUUAGAGGUUUUGUUUGCUCUUUGACACUAGCUGUAAGUUACUUUGUGUUAUAGAUGAUAUGGAGCCCCCUUCCCUUAAUAUUUUACGAAACUUCUUUUUGUAAAGUGAGACCGCAGGCUUUUUUUUUGUUAAGUUUUGUUUUGUUGUUGUUGUUCUGUACGUGAAGGGUUACAAUGCAAAAAGUUAUCCUGCCAUUGGAAUUCUCAGAAUUGAAUUUCUGCAGAUCUGGUGGCAUUUGUUCCUUUAGUGUGACAUAAAGGUGUAAUUAAGACAGAUUUCUGUUACUCUAAUCAAGUUUGCUGUUAGUUGUGCAUUAGCGGUAUAAAAGCUAAUAUAUACAGUAUGGUCUUGCAACAGUUUUAAAGCAUCUGCAGAAUGGAUAAUAAAAAUUGCAUGACAUUUUUGUUUUUAAUAGACAGACUUUUAAAACUUUCAUUUUAGGUUUAAGGCAUAGGUCUUUGUACAAUUGAUUCUGACAUAGCAAGGCCAAAAAUAAUUUUCUGAAUAUUUUUUCUUGCGGGCAGAGGAAAGGUCACAUCGCAUUUGGGUGGGCUAACGUUAUUUUCAAAAAAGAAUGAUCUGUGUGGCACUGAAACUGUUGUAUUAGCCCAUGAUGAUGAGCAGGAGGUUACUCUAGCACUGUAACAAUGGUCUUAAUUAGUUGCAGGCAGUCUAACAGCAAAGUAUCACUAACAAAAAUAAAGUUGUCAAAGAAAAAACCCAGAAAUUUAUUUGAGGUGGCCGUUUUGAAUGCUUAUGUCUCCUUCCGAAAGCUAAAUAUUCUAGCAGUGGUGUAAAUGAGUUACAUCGUCCAGUUGAUGUAUGCUCUGGUACACAGGUGUCAUUUUGUUGUCACAGCACUACAGUGAAAUACGCAAAUAAAAAGUUAAAUUCA